GUUACGUAGCAAAGUCAGAAUCAAAUUGUGAACAAAUGUGGUGCGAGGAGAUUCGAGAUGUUCAGUGACGGAGAAUGAGGGGGUCAGUUUGACGUCAGUCUGGAGAAAUCAUCUCUAUAAAUAAGAGGGAAAGAAAGCUACAGAUGGAAGUAAGUAAAGAGCAGUCCCAAGAGAGAACAAGUUAACCUUCAUCUGUUCCGAUAUGCCGAAUUCAAGCAGCUCCACAUCUUCCACAAAGAGCGUGCGGAGAGCUGCGUCUGAGCUCGAGCGCUCCGAUUCCAUCACGGUUUACAUAGACUGCAUUGAAGUUCUUAUGCGCUUUUGGAGAUGUAAAACACCUCCAUCUGAUGUCCAGAAGUCGCAGAAGUUUGUGGGAAGGCGGCAGAGUUUGAUCGAGGACGCGCGGAAGGAGCGCGAGGCGGCGGCUGCGGCGGCGGAGGCUGCGGGACUCAGCGAGCAGAUCGUGUUUGAGGAGAGCGAUGGGAAAGCCUUGCUCAGUCUCUUCUUCUCACUGAAGAGUUCAAAGAGCCCAGCGCUGUCCCGCACUCUCAAGGUUUUUGAGACAUUUGAAGCCAAGAUCCAUCAUCUUGAGACCAGACCCAGCCGAAAACCAAAGGACGGUUUGGAAGAUCUGGAGUAUUACGUUCAGUGCGAGGUCCACCUGUCAGACGUCAGCACACUGGUCAGCUCUCUCAAGAGAAGCGCAGAGGAUGUCAAAACCACUAAAGAGGUCAAAUUUAAUUGGUUUCCCAGAAAAAUUGCUGAACUGGAUAAAUGUCAUCAUCUCGUCACCAAAUUUGAUCCGGAUCUGGAUCAGGAUCAUCCAGGAUUUACUGACCCUGUUUACAGAAAACGACGGAAGAUGAUUGGAGACAUUGCCUUUAAAUACAAACAAGGAGAACCGAUUCCCAGAGUGGAGUAUAUGGAAGAGGAGAUUGAAACAUGGCGUGAGGUCUACUCCACCCUCAGAGAUCUGUACACCACCCACGCCUGUAGUGAACAUCUAGAGGCUUUCCACUUACUGGAGAAACACUGUGGCUACAGUCCUGAUAACAUCCCUCAGCUGGAGGAUGUGUCCCGCUUCUUAAAAGAGCGCACAGGGUUUCAGCUGCGUCCCGUGGCAGGUCUGCUCUCCGCUCGGGAUUUUCUGGCCAGCCUGGCGUUCCGUGUGUUCCAGUGCACACAAUACAUACGGCACGCUUCCUCCCCCAUGCACUCGCCCGAACCGGAUUGUGUCCAUGAACUUCUCGGACAUGUACCAAUAUUGGCUGACAGAACAUUUGCACAGUUUUCUCAGAACAUUGGUCUGGCCUCUCUUGGAGCUUCUGAUGAGGAUAUUGAGAAACUGUCAACACUGUACUGGUUCACGGUGGAGUUCGGACUGUGUAAGCAGGGAGGCACGGUCAAAGCGUACGGAGCAGGACUGCUCUCCUCUUAUGGCGAGCUGGUGCAUUCUCUCUCAGAUGAGCCAGAGCGACGAGAAUUUGACCCGGACAUCGUAGCUGUCCAGCCGUACCAGGAUCAGACUUACCAGCCCGUCUAUUUUGUGUCUGAGAGCUUCUCAGAUGCUACAGAGAAACUGAGAGCGUAUGUGACGCGCAUCAAGAGACCAUUUUCGGUGCGGUUUGACCCGUACACAGACAGCAUAGAAGUGCUGGACAACCCACUGAAGAUCAAGCAGGGUCUGGAGACCAUUAAAGACGAACUGAAGAAUCUCACAGAUGCCCUGAAUGUGCUGGCUUGAUUCUGCCGUGAGGAGCCAAUCAGCAGUCCCCUUCCUCUCUGCUUCAUAUGUGACCGUCUCAUCGAUAUGCUGUGUGUCUAUGUCCACAUCUGCUGCUCCAGACGUUGUUGCUUUUAAAACGCUGAGUACCAACCUGAAAACCUCACAUCGGAAGUUCAUUCUAGAAACCCUAAAAGGAUUAUUCCCUCAAAAUGAAAGUCAUUUAUAUCAUUUAUAUCAUUAUGUAUGUUGUUUCAAACCUAAAAUACUUUCUUUCUUCUGUGAAACAUGAAAGAAGAUAUUUUGAAGAAUGAUGGUAAACAGUUUUGAUUCCCAUUGGAAGUCAUAGAAUGGAAGUCAAUGGUUACCAGAACUGCUUGGUUACCUAUAUUCUUCUAAAUAUCUUCUUUCAUGUUCCACAGAUGAAAGAAAGUCUUUGGUAAAAAAAUAUUAAAUGUUGGAAACCAAGCAGUUCCCGUACCCAUUGACUUUCAUUGCGUAGACAAAAAAAUAUGAUGAAAGUCAAUGGAAGCCGAAACUGUUUAGUUCAAAAUAUAUUCUUGAUAGCUAUUUUAAAUGUUGGUAACCAAACAGUUUUUAUUCUCACUGAUUUCCACCAAAUGGAAAAAGAAAAGUAGAAGUCAAUGGGAAGCAAAACCUUUGGUUGCAGACAUUCUUCAAAAUAUCUUCUUGGUAGAUAUUUUAAAUAUUGGUAUUAAAUAUUCCCGUUGACUUCUGUUAUAUGGGCUACAUAAAUAAAAAGUCAGUGGGAACUGAAAUGGUUUGGUUGCCAACAUUCUUCAAAAUGUCUUCUUGUUAUAUAUUUUAAAUGUUGGUAACCAAACCGUUUUUGUUCCAUUAAUGAGUGUGUUUCCAUAAAAAAAUGAAAUGGAAGUCAAUGGAAACCAAAACUGUUUGGUUACCAACAUUCUUCAAAAUAUCUUCUUUCAUGUCCCAUAGAAGAAAGAAAUGUGACACAUAAAUUUUUUUGAGAUAGAACAUACCCAGUGUAAAUCUAAUUCUUAAAGCUAUUGAAGCCAAAAGUUAUUUAUGAAAUAUCAAUGAAGUACUACACUAAAAUAAACUUGAAAUAUGUCCUGUAUAUAAUCAAAUGUGUAUUAUAAACACAAAUUCUGAAUGUAUUAGUAUUCGAAAUAUAUUCUAAAAAUAGACCAUCAAUACAUUGAGCUUAUCCUAUAGCAGAAAUAUUUUAUUAAUCCUGAAUGGCGAAUCAUUCAUAAAAUAAUACUGGCCUAAUGACUGGUGCCUGUUUAUAUGAAUCUGUCUCCAGAAGAUAUGAAAUAUGAAUGUAAAUGUUGCAAUAGUCUCUGCAAACAAUUGCAUAAAAAGUGAGUGAAAAUACCAUUUCUGUUAUUUAAGCGUUAAUAAAGUUGCAAGAAAACUG